CUGUUUUGAAGUUGCCAGGUGCAAGUGUGUAAGAUCAGGCAAUGGAGGGAACACAGCAGCACAUGAAGGUGUUUGUGACCAGAAGGAUACCACCGGAAGGGCAGAAACUGUUGUCCCAGGCUGGCAUCAAUGUUCAGCAGUGGGACUCGGAUGAAGUUAUUCCAAGGGAAGAGCUGCUUAAAGGCAUUGAAGGAGCCCACGGACUGCUUUGCUUAUUAACUGACACAAUUGAUAAAGGUGUUAUGGAUGCAGCAGGUCCUAACCUAAAGGUUAUCAGUACACUGUCUGUGGGCUUCGACCACCUGGCAACGGAUGAAAUUAAAAGGCGUGGAAUUAAGGUUGGAGCUACUCCAGAUGUUUCAACUGAUGCCACAGCAGAGCUUGCUGUUACCUUACUGCUAACAACCUGCCGACGGCUGCCAGAGGCUAUAGAGGAGGUUAGGAAUGGAGGAUGGAAAACCUGGGCGCCGAUGUGGAUGUGCGGUUAUGGACUGUCUGACAGCACUGUUGGUGUAAUUGGCCUGGGAAGAAUAGGUUUGGCCAUUGCCCAGCGUCUCAAACCAUUUGGUGUAAAAAGGUUUUUAUAUACCGGAAUCCCUCCAUGUCUUAAAAGUGUAGAAGAACUUAAAGCAGAACUAGUGUCCACUGAGAAACUUGCUGAGGAAUCAGACUUUGUGCUUGUGUCCUGCCCUUUAACACCAGAGACUGUUGGACUUUGCAACAAAGAUUUUUUUCAAAGGAUGAAGAAGACGGCUGUUUUUAUCAACACAAGUCGAGGCCCUGUUGUAAACCAGGAAGAUCUUUACCAGGCCCUAGUGAGUGGGCAGAUUGCUGCUGCUGGGCUGGACGUGACUACCCCAGAACCUCUUCCAACAGACCACCCACUCCUCACCCUGAAGAACUGUGUGAUCUUGCCUCACAUUGGGAGUGCCACACAUGGUGCCAGAAAUGCCAUGUCAGUACUUGCUGUAAAAAACCUGUUGAAAGGCCUAGCCGGAGAAGUGAUGCCCGGUGGACUUGAAUUGUGAAUAAGUUUCUGAGCCAUGGUCAGAAGUGUGGAAUAUAUCAAGUGGAAUAUAUCAAGCAGCAUGACAUCUAAUGGAAAGAAGCUCGCUGUAACUAUUCACUAACGGAGAUUGUGUUUAGUCAUUCUAAAUUUUGACUGUCCUGGCUUCUGUUCUGUAAACCAGAAGGUGACAUGAUCCUGUUUCUAAUUCAAAAACCCCUUUAAUGUACAACUGUUUUCAGGGAAACAUUAAAGUAUGUUCAUGCAGACAAAAA